UGCAGAAAGAAGACCAACAUGUCACCUUGAAUUUGAUAGUGGAAACUAGGAAACGUGUCCCGGGCACCAUGCCAGUGGAGAGAAUGCGCAUGCGCCCGUGGCUGGAGGAGCAGAUCAAUUCCAACACAAUACCUGGGCUAAAGUGGCUCAACAAGGAAAAGAAGAUUUUUCAGAUCCCCUGGAUGCAUGCUGCUAGACAUGGGUGGGAUGUGGAGAAAGAUGCACCACUCUUUAGAAACUGGGCAAUCCAUACAGGAAAGCAUCAACCAGGAGUAGAUAAACCCGAUCCCAAAACAUGGAAGGCAAAUUUUCGAUGUGCCAUGAACUCCUUGCCUGAUAUUGAAGAAGUUAAGGAUAAAAGUAUAAAGAAAGGAAAUAAUGCUUUCAGAGUAUACCGGAUGCUGCCCUUAUCCGAGCGACCUUCUAAGAAAGGAAAGAAACCAAAGACUGAAAAAGAAGACAAAGUUAAGCACAUCAAGCAAGAACCAAUUGAGUCAUCUCUGGGGCUUAGUAAUGGAGUAAGUGAUCUUUCUCCUGAGUAUGCGGUCCUGACUUCAGCUAUAAAAAAUGAAGUGGAUAGUACGGUGAACAUCAUAGUCGUAGGACAGUCCCAUCUGGACAGCAACAUUGAGGAUCAAGAGAUUGUCACUAAUCCACCGGACAUUUGCCAAGUCGUAGAGGUGACCACUGAGAGUGAUGAGCAGCCGGUCAGCAUGAGUGAGCUCUAUCCUCUUCAGAUAUCCCCUGUGUCUUCCUACGCCGAAAGCGAAACGACCGACAGUGUGCCCAGCGACGAGGAGGGCGCUGAGGGGCGGCCACACUGGCGGAAGAGGAACAUCGAAGGCAAACAGUACCUCAGCAACAUGGGCACGCGAAGCACCUACCUGCUGCCCAGCAUGGCGACCUUCGUCACCUCCAACAAGCCUGAUCUCCAGGUCACCAUCAAAGAGGAGACCUGUCCGGUGCCUUACAACAGCUCCUGGCCCCCUUUCACAGACCUCCCUCUCCCUCCCUCCGUGGCCCCAGUGCCCAGCAGCAGUCGGCCAGACCGGGAGACGCGGGCCAGUGUCAUCAAGAAGACAUCGGAUAUCACCCAGGCCCGUGUCAAGAGCUGUUAGACCUCUGACUUGCCCCGGUGGCUCUUGGGGUUUCUUGGCUUUGUUUGGUUGUUUGUUUGUAUUUUAUUUUUUUCUUUCUGACGCCUCUUUUAGACAAAUCUAAGGGAAAAAGCCUUGACAAUAGAACAUUGAUUGCUGUGUCCAACUCCAGUACUGGAGCUUCUUUUUAACUCAGGACUCCAGCCCGUGGGUAGACGCGUGUUUCUAGAGCCUGCUGGAUCUCCAGGGCUGCUCGCUGAAGUUGAAGGACCAACAGGGGCAGUGGAGGUGCUGCGUUGCCUGCGGUCAAGGCCGGCAUGGUGGAGUGGAUGCCUCCGAAUGGAAGAGAUAAUGUGAACUAGCUGGAAUUUUUUAUUCUUGUGAAUAUGUACAUAGGGCAGACUAGCGACGCUGCAGUCUGCUUCUGCACCUUACCUUAAAGCACUUACAGAUAGGCCUUCUUGUGAGCUUGCUCUAAUUCACGGCACCUUGGGCUCCCUGCCCCUCCCCUCCCCUCUCCUUUCCUCCUUUUCCUCCCCUCAGAGGCUCGGUUCCACACCCGGAGGAGGAGAAGAAGGAAACGAACUUCUCUACAGAUGUCCCACGUGAAGACUGCUUCAAAGAAAUCUCUCUAAUCUGCUAUGCUUGAAUGCCACGCGGUACAAAGGAAACCCAUCAUGGAAGUAUCAUGCAAAUUCCCAGAUUUGAAGACAAAAAUACUCUAAUUCUGACCAGAGCAAGCUUUUUUAUUUUUUAUACAGGGGGAUAUUUUAUUCAAGGUAAAAAUUCUAAAUAAAAUAUAAUUGUUUUUUAUCUUUUCUACAGCAAAUUUAUAAUUUUAAGAUUCCUUUUCUUGUUUAUCAGCAGUUGUUAUUACAUCCUUGUGGCACAUUUUUUUUUUUAAUUUUGUAAAGGUGAAAAAAGCUUUUAUGAGCUCAUGUAGCAAUCAAAUUAUCCUGUGGAUUGAUAAUAAAUGAAUAUGAUAUAUAGUUAAAUUUUUAAAGGGAA